AUGGCCAGCCUGCGUCGGGCAGCCUUCGACAUUGGCUCGGGCGCGACCAAGCUCGUGAUUGCCGAUGUCAUUGAAGGAAGUAUCCAGGAGCUCUUCGCAAAAGAAGUUCCAGUGCCGUUUGCGGUUGACUGGAAGCAGUCUUCUGAUGGGAGCUUGAGCAGCGCCAUCCAGGAGCAGGGUGUCUCCGUGCUCCGGAGCCUGCUGCAGGAGUGCGAAGACCGAUCGGUGGCCGUCCAUGAACGCGUCGCUGUUGCGACGGAGGUUUUCCGAAAGGCCAGCAAUGGAAAAGCUUACCUCGAACGCGUGUUCGCUGAGCUGGCUCUUCCAGUUCGAGUGCUGUCGCAGGACGAGGAAGCAGAGCUGGGGUUUCGAACUGCAGCGGCGCUCGCGAGAAGUGGGGACAGCACCAUCUGUUGGGACUCUGGAGGCGCCAGCUUUCAGAUUACCACCCGGGCCCGAGCGGGGGCUCUGGAGACUUACCUCGGAUGCUUGGGCACGGGCGUGGUCACAUCCAUGCUGGUGGAAAUUCAGGGCCACAGCUUCGCCGAGACUCCCUCACCCAAUCCCGUCAGAGCAGAACAUGCGGAGCAACUGUUAUUGGAUCUGAAGCGAAUGCUUCCUGCUACGCCCAGCUGGUUGCGGCACGGCAACGUCGCAGCGAUCGGUGGUCCAAAUUCCAUGUUCUGUGUGGCCUGUGAGGCUUUGGGCAUGGGCCUUUCGGAGCGGUCAAAAGAAGUUUCGGCGCAAGACGAGAGCAGUUCAUGCCAGUUCACCAUGACUGCCCCGGCGAUCCGUGACGUUAUGCUGGGUGUGAUCGGAAAAAGCGACGACGAGCUGUUGCAAUACCCGUUUUGUCAAGGCGAGCUGCGGGAGCCUCCCGCUUUUAUUCUUCCCAAGCUCCUCCUCCUUCUCGCUGUGAUGGAGCAUUGUGAGAUGGAGAAAGUUUUCUUCUACAAAACCAUAGGGUCGUGCCCAGGCAUGCUCAUCAGCGACGAGAUGAUCUUCGCGCGAACAUGUGCCAGGAAGGGCGCCAAGGUCGUCAUGCUGAACCGGAGCUCCCACCGGGCGGACGAGGCCUUUCAAGGCCUCAGGGACUUGGCCAAGGAAUCCAAGGCGCCAGAGCCCCUGAACGUCCCCUGCGACCUCAUGAGCUUCAAGAGCGUGCGCUCUGCCGCCGAGAAGUUACAAGCAGAGCUUGGGCAAAGCGGACUCGACGUCCUCUGCAACAACGCAGGCAUCAUGGGCUUCGGUGACAAGGCAACGGAAGACGGCUGUGACGUGCAGAUGCAGACGAACCAUCUCUCCCACUUCCUCCUGACAUGCCUGUGCAUGCCCCUACUCGAGAAGGCGGCAUCCUUGCGCGGCGAGGCCCGCGUGGUCAAUCACUCCAGUGCUGCCCGCGCGAUGGAUGGAAUUGAAAACAAGCUCCAGGAGAAGUAUCUGGGAAAGAACGGUGGGAAUCUGGGUGGUGACAGCGACACCAUGUUCAAGGGCGCGAACUUCGAACGAUACCAGCAGAGCAAGCUUGCCAAUGUGGUUUUCACCUAUGCCCUCCACGAUCGCCUGCAAAAGGCUGGGUCCAAGGUCAAGAGCCUAGUGGCCCACCCGGGCGUCGCUGCGACUGAGCUGGCCCAGGGCACCGUCCAAGCAGGAGGUGCCAACGACUUCGGCAGCACUCCCAAGUGGAUCGGCAGCAGAAUGAUCAGCUUCAUGGGCCAGUCGGAGGAGGAUGCCACUGUCGGAAUUCUGCGGAACGCCUGCGAUCCGGAAGCCAAGUCGGGCGAGUUUUAUGGCCCUCUGGGAAAAGGUGGUGCCACGGGAACUCACGAUACCUCCGAGUACAACGGACCGGUUGGGCUGCUCAAGAAGGAGCCCCUCGCUGACGAAGUCGCCCAGAGCAUGCUGUGGGCCGCUAGCGAGGCCACGACUGGCAUCAAGUUCGACGGCCUGUUUGGCAUCCCCAGCUAUUGGAAGCUCGUCUUCACGGGACACAGCCUCGGUGCUGCCCUAGCGAUUCUGGCCGCCACAAUGGCCGAGGCGGAAUCCUGGCCUCGCCUCCCCGACGCGGUCAUUGCCUUUGCUGCGCCUCGUGUCGGGGACAAAGGGCUCAGCACCUUGGGCAUCGAGUCAUCAGAGUUGUUUACAUUGUGUGCAAAGCAAGUUUUAUCGAAAGCGGUUUCAUAA